UUUUCAUUAAUCAUAGUUAUCGGGAGCAAUUCGAAACGGUGCCGUAUUUGCACCCUCAACCUCAAGGGAAGGUCUUAACUCUUAAGCGCCUCAAGAACAAACACGACUCACACAUUGCUUCUGCUAACCCUCUCUGGGCUCUCCACUGAACUGAGUCUGAAGAGGAAAACAUUUAACUAACUGCAAUGGCUGCACGUGUGGCUGCAAGGUACGGAUCUAGAAGGCUAUUUAGCAGUGGUUCUGGAAAAAUACUGAGCGAGGAGGAAAAGGCUGCAGAAAAUGCUUACUUUAAGAAAGCUGAGCAAGAGAAGUUGGAGAAGCUUGCUCGCAAGGGUCCUCAACCCGAAGCAGGCUCGGGGGGUUCAGUAACUGAUGCCAAACCUAGUAGCUCAGGACAUGCUGGAACAACAGCCGACAGAGUUUCAACUGACAAGUACCGGAAUUAUGCAGUUGUAGCUGGUACUGUAACAAUUCUUGGGGCUUUGGGGUGGUACCUUAAAGGCACUGCAAAGAAGCCAGAAGUUCAGGAUUGAACAUUUCAGCUGUGCAUGUUCUCAUUUUGUUAUUGGUUGCAGCAAUUGCACAAAAAUAAAUGACCAAACUACUAACUCUUUUCAUUCCAUCUGACUAUCAUCAUGAAUUACUCCUUUAAUGUUUCAUGAUUUACAUAUUACCCUAUAUAUUCUCGAUGCUAUUUAGCAUGACGAACAUCAAAAUUUGUUUUCAGUAGUCACUAGUCGUUCAAAUGAAUCAAAUGCAUGUGAUGAUUACUUGCAUUUGCCCAUCAUUAGCAGGGUGAGAUGGUGAUGAAAAGAAGUGAGAUUGUAUGUUGCCGGAACUGGAAUUAGCCUAUGAAUGAAAUGUCAAGAGAGAAGGAUAUAUUUGGAAUA